AGCUGAAGUCAGUGUUCGCGCGCCGGCUGAGGUGAUAACACGCCACCAACUUAACUUAAACUUAACUACUUUUUUAUUUUUUUUAUUUCUAAGUUAAGUCAAGUCAACGGAGUGUGAUGUUGAACCAUUUUUGUAUUUCGAAAAAUGUGAUUCAGUCAACGAACUUGUUUGGUUUUUGAACGAGAUUACCUUUUCCUAUAUUUUUUUUUAUAAUUUGGAUUUUUCAAGUGAUCGAACUAUAAGGGAGGUUCUAUUUGGAAUUGAAGUGACGUUGUACUGUUAAGAUGGCGCACCGCACCGUGCACCGCUUGGCCUGCCUCGUGACACUCCUCGCCGCGGCGACAGCAACAAAGAAAGAGCAGACGAGAUGGUCUCGUCAGAUCAGCACGUACACCUCCGACAUCAGCGACUGGGUGCCCCUGUCCGGCCCCGUCGAGAGGGAGCCAGCACAACCACCUCAAAUCAAAAGACAAGCGGUCGCAGAACCGAGGAUAUUGACGGAACCCUUCCCAGGCCUCGUGAGACCCACCGGCUUUAGCCAAGACUCGUUCCCAGCAAGAAAUUAUUACAAUUCAGCUGCUAACCGACAGCUUUACUUGCAGUCCGUGCCGUCUGCUCCACAGAAUUAUCUGACGGACCAAGGUUUUGGACAGGGCAUUCGAUUCGGAUUGUCUCAGCCUAAUUUUCCACUGAGCCAAGGGUUUGUAGCGCCUCCAUUCGGUUUCGAUUCCGUUCAGCCACAGAAACCUAGACCACAAUCCAUACUGAACCCGGUCAGCUUCAAUCAAGCGUUACCUGCUUCUGUUCCAUCAAAACCUUUUCUAAACCAAGGCCAGAAAACAAUGCAGGAAUUACCGAGACUGGUUGAUGGAUACCGAGCGGACAAUGCCAGCGUGUUUAGUGUAAUGAAGAAACCACAAUCUCUACAGAAAAUCAAGUUUGAUACCAUUGAUAAGCCAUUAAAAUCAGAUCCAUUGUCACAGCAUUCAAAACACGAGAGAGAAGAGGUUCAGCUGUUAUACGUGCCACUAGAGUCGCUGAACAGAGGACAGUUUAACUUCCGCAGUCCUUUGACGACUUCACAGUUAGUUAACACGGAACUGUAUUCUGGCGGCGGUGCUCGUCCUAACCCACUGAAACAAACGUUCAUAAAUGACUACCAGAGGCAGGCUGCAAAACCGCUAGACCCCUUGUCAGGGCAAAACUAUUUUUCCGAGUUCAACUCCCAAUUGAAAGGCGAUCAAGUACCAAAAUUCUCGACAAUCAGUACUCCUUUCCCGACACAACCCCCUACGACUCCAAAGCCGAAGAAGCUGAAACCACACCAACCGCCUCUAGCUAUCUUCAUGACUAAAGAAGUCAGCAAGAACAGUCAAGUCAAAGUGGGAGACGUUCUGUCUUCUCUGAAGAACGCAGACACUAUCGCUGUGUUGGAUUCAGUUAACCCUCUGAACGCGCCCAAAGUGUUUAUCGGACCAUCUACUUUACCACCACCAGAUAAUUUCGUCAAAUUCGAGUUACCCUAUUUGUCGAACAUCGAAAAUGUCGAUAAGAAACUGAAACAAUUACCAUUCUUUGUUGCUCCCUUGAGCUACAAUACUCCAAACGGAUUCGCCAAAAUUCCUUUCCCAUCUCCACAUGUGGGUUCAGUCGUUAUAAAUUCUCAAAUCCGAGAAUCGCCACAAACCCAGCCACCGUCGCAACCGUUAUAUAAUCAAAACUUUUAUGCAGUAACUCAGCCAACCUACAAACCAGAGAAACCGGUUACACAGAAACCAACUUUCAGCUAUUACAGUACUGCUGCACCUAAAGCUAAACCGCUACCUAACUACCAAUCCAACUACUACUCGUUUGAGCCGCAGACUGUUUCAACCAUACGACCACCAAAACAACCAGAGACUGUGACAUCUCCCCCCAAAACUGGAUCAUACUUCAUAAGUAACACGGCGCCUCAAUACAACUCACACGACAUCGCGAACUUCUCACCGCAGAACAACUUCAAAUCUUCGGAAAUAGUUGACAAGUACAAUUUCCAGAGAAAACCAGAUCACACCACGACACUUAGAACGACCACAACAACUACGACCACGACAAAGCCUCCUUCCACCUACCCGAGUCAACUACUUGAAACUCAUAACCCUUACUCAAUCAACCAAGCCUUCCACUUCAGUACUCCGUUGGACUACCACAACUACUUCGACGACGUGAAACAACCUUACCCUACUCCUGGUGCUAACGGAAUUUCGUCGCCAUCGCCGUCGCCUACCCCUGCACCGGUACCGUCGCAGACACCUAGUCCAGGCACUACUCCGAGUACAGUACCACAACCAGAAAAAGUAAUCACUCAAAAACCAAAAUAUAAUCAACAAUCAUCUCCAAGCUACUUACAAAACUAUACACCAGAAAUUCAUUAUGAUUCUGAUCCAAAUCUGAAAUACCCCGUCUUCAAUCCUACCGACUACAUUGCUAAAUCUGAGCUAACUUCUCAACAGUCGCAACCUAGUAAUCCUCCUGUCAACGCUGAUAAUAAUAACCCAGUGAAUAACUAUAACCAAGAUAUUUCAGCACCAGUUAGAAACAAUUAUAACACAGACGAUCGUGUACCAGACAGAAACAAUUACAAUGAGAACAUUAACACCCCAGACAGAAACCAAUACAACGCGCCAGCAAAUAAUUACAACGCUGAUACUAACAGAGACAAUUACAACACACCCGCUGUCAACAAUUAUAACACAGAUGUUAAUACUCAAGUAAAUACAUACAAAACCGAGUAUAAUCAAAACGUUGAGCCUCAACAUUCUGCUGAACAAAACACUCCGUCGGAACAGUCGUCUGAUGUCAACAAUCUGCCAACCAUUUCUGAUAUCAACACUCCUCCUAAGUACAGCAGUGACGAGUACAACGUGUACCAUACUAACUAUGAUGCUACGGAAGUCAGUCCCACGUCUUCGUCUACAACAACAAGCACUACCACGCGCCGACCUCCACAGAGAAACAGAGGUCGUCCACGAUACACCACUACUCCACGAACUGAGUCAUACGAAUCUACCACUAGGGUGGUUGUAACGAGACGACCUUUGAGAGAAAGAAGACCUCUGCCUACCAGACCACGAUACGAACCUAACAAAAUCACUACUGAAAAGCCAAACAAAAAGCCUUUAGACUCUAAUGAAAGCACAACUAAAUCUUCUAGAACAAGAACUAGAGGACGUAUUCAUUACAAACCUUCAGAGAACGAAGAUAUUUAUGAUAGAAGAGUCAAGACUCACAACAGCAAGGAAGAAGAUCUUGCUUACCAAAGAGAUGUCCUACACCAAAACUAUCCAGUAACACUAAUGGAGCGUAUGAGUACUGUAGACAUUGAAGCGAUCACUGAACCUACUCCUAAACAGACACCUGAAAAGGUCGAAGAACCAAUUACAGAACAUGAUACGGAAAAUGCUUACACUAACGAAAAAGUGUCAAUAACUCAACACUUCUCAAACAGUGAGUCAAACGAAGAGCCUGGUUUACCAACAUUUACCGCUAGAAGUACUUUGCAGAGCGAAACAUCUUAUGUGCCCAAUUUGCCAUCUACCCGCCAAGAAUAUUAUUAUCAGUCUAGAAGCAGCAGUGCACCUGUAGAGUCCUCUGCCUUUGACGAGACGAGUCCCGAAAAAGAAGAAGAUAUCUAUGUCAAGCCAACAACGCCUGUAUCGAAACAAGAGUACGCUGAGAUUAGUUCUUAUGCAACCGAAGCUCCAUCCAUUCCGGUCACAGAACAGAGCGUAAGUUAUUCAGUUGGCAAUGAAUUCUCUUCAAAUAGUCAAGAAGAAACUACUACUGCCCACGAAACUGAAGACAUCAGAGUCGACACCCAAGAGCAUCAUGAGAACGAAGAUGAAGAAAAUGUCGUGCAAACUACACCAUCAUACAACCGAGUGCGCGUGCGUCCCGGAGUUAUCAGACAGUAUCAUCAAGCGUCAACUGAGUCUCCGAGAAACAAGGAACGUAGGAGACCUGCUCAGCCAGUUACUUAUAGGCCGGCCUUCAACGGGAGACGAACAACUAUGAGGAUCGAUGAAAUCGAAGCUGACCUGAAGACGAAACAAGUACACACUAGGCAAGACGUGCAAGAAGUCAGACAUCCUGUGUACAGGCCUGAACCUACAACGGAAUCUGCCGCAACCUCACCAUCAACCACUGAAAGUAGCACAAAACGUGGUCACUUCCGUCGAAGACGGCCAACAUACUCUUACACUACUACAUCGACUGAAGCACCCAGCACGAAACGAAUUUAUGAAGUUAAGAACAGAUUUAGGGGACGAAGACCGACUGAAAAACCCACAGACAGACCUGACGUACAAACAGAAGCCCCUACAUCUACCACCAGAACUCAGCUUCAUGCCAGGUACAGUCACAGACCUAGACUAUCGGAAAGAUACAACAAAAAACCUGAAAGCGAAGAAAUCGAAGAUCAGGAUUCCAACUUCUCUAUCAACAGACCAAAGUACGCGGAACCUGAAACAGAUCAAUGGUCACCAAAGAUCUCAAGCGAUUCCUUCAAACCAUACAACCCUAACGAUAUCGUGGACGAACAAAAAGUUGCCACUACUGAACGACGAUCCGACUCAGAAAGUGAAUUGGACAUCAUUACAGCUAGGAAUGAAUAUGAAGACAUAUUACUAACUGUAACUCCCGCAAGUAACAACAGGGCUAACAAGAAAAUCCCAGAGAUCCCUCCAACGUUAGAAGCAUUGGUGGAACAGAGUAAAGUAACAAAGAGUGAUUCCACGGAUUCUAUGUCUACUUUCGAAAGCAUGUUAGAAGAAGUAAUGAAGAGUUUAGAAGAGCAAGACCAAGACGAAUACAACUCGAAUGUAAUGAAACACAAAGGCGGUGAAAUUGGUGAAAUUCCACCGGAGAGAAUAAUAUCUUCAGGAGACACCUACGCACAGAAGUCGACUGUGGCAAUACAAGAAACCACUACUGAACCAACAUCGGCCGACGAAUCUUCUCUUAAUGCUGAGGAUGACAGUGACCGCAAGAGCCGACGUCGUGGAUUCUGGAAGAAAGUCAAAGUGCGUCCUGCGACAACCGAAUCCAUUGAAUUCGCUGAAUCGCAGUACUACAGCCACACCGUCAACCGCCUUGGAGAAACAGUGAAGGUCUCCAGAAACGUUCAUGAGAAAGGAGAAAAGGUUGAUAAGCCCAAAGUUACUACUUACAAACCAAACUAUAAUUUCAUCAAAGAUCUUUUCUCCAGUGAUGAUGAAGCAGCAAAUAUUGAUGUACUGCCUACAGUAGACAUACCUAAACUUAUAAACAAAUCGCAAGAUAAUGAAGAAACUCUGAUUACAGAAGAAAGUAAGCAGACAACAGUUUAUCUUGACAAGGAAUCGCAAACUGAAUCAGCCAUUAGUCCAGGAGACUUGGAUUUAGGAACAGGCUCUCCUGACCCAACCAUUGACGAUCUUUACUUGACCACUCCAGCAGAGCCGACUACCACUAAUAAACCAAUUACAGUUAACAGUCAAGACGCUGGAUUUAGUUUCAUGGAUUAUUUGUUUGGAACAACUGCAGAGGAUAGCCAUAAACAGGCUGACGGUGAGGAGACAGUAAAAACUAUUGAAAGUGAAAUCCCAACUGAAGCACCUAAACUUAAAAUUGUUACGACAGAAAGUUCCUUCAUUCCUGAAGAAAUAACUGCAGCUUCAAUAAGUGAUGAAAACACUGAGGCUGUCACCGCUUUCGCCGAAAUCAAAAAGUUAAAUAGCACAGGAGAGAGCCAAACAGAAAGUACAGAAGGUGUUACAGAAAUAUCAGUAGUCAAGGUGGAGAGCUCGUCUGUGUCCUCGUUUAUGAAUCCGGCCAAUGUGGUGAGCACUUCGAUGUCCACAGAAGUGUCACAUGAAACAGAAAUAUGCUUUAGGGGAAAAUGCAUCAAAACUAGCAAAGACAUUCUAUAAAUUCCCAGUGAUCUGUAAACAUGGUGCUAAAGACUUGUGUUCAAAGUAGUGAAUUUGUGAAAGGACAUUGACUUGAGAACGUUCUCUCGAGUGGUCGGAUCAGCAGAAAUUCGUAUUCUUCUAUGAAAUAUUUAUUAGUAUUUUUGUGUGGAUUAGGUAUUCGGUGCGGUGAAAUCUUGUAAAUAGUAUUUUGAGAGGCUCUUUACUUGGUUCCACCUGAGUAGUUAUUUCUAAUGAUGUAGGCUUAGCUUCUUUGUACUUUUAAGGUCUGUGGCCACAUGCUUUAAGAGUAACUAUGUAAUAUAAUAUUUUUACGUAGUUUGUAUUUAAUUGUAAGAAUUUUAACAAAUUUUAUCUACCUGCUAACUCUAUCUUAAUGUAAAUAUGACUGAAAUUUUUGUAACCAUAUUUUUUAAGAUUGCAUUGUUACUUAAUUACUAUUUAUUUUCUUAGUAUAACUAUUAAUAUAAGUUUCCUCACACUGAAAUAAAAUGCCGUUACAUUAUAUUCUUCGAAAUGAUGGGACAAUCAAAGACACUGCCUUAUAUUCUAUCCCACCCAUACAACAGCAAUCUUGCUUAUUUGAUAGAUAAUUGUGUAAGAGCUAUCUAUUAAAUAACCACUGAAAUUGUAACUGUAUUAAAUAAAUAAAAGUAUUACCAAUUAA